AUGAAGUCUUUAAAAUAUCUUACAGUCUUGUAUCUUUCAUCCUUUGGUAGCUGUAUCGACUGUGACGAAGACGAUUCUGUCUUACCUACCAGCUUCUCAGGCAAUGGUCAGGCAAAAGUCCACAUGAACAAAACUAUAGAUUCAGGCGUAUAUUCACUGAAGACGUCUACCUUGACCAGUAUCAUUUGCCAGAAGGAUUGUUUCUCUGUUCUGAAUCUGACAGUUACAAAGACCGCUGCUUCUACCGCAGGCGAAUUACCAACGGGCAGUUCAUCCAGGAAGACCGUCGAAGCAUUGUCUACUAUUGGCACUCCCUUGCCUUCUACUACCUUUGAGACUAUCUAUGUCUCGAGCGUUCGUUCUUCACCACCUGUGGUAAGUCCAAUGAGGCCUCCAUAUCAAAAUUCAACUGUGUUACCUACAUCAUUGCCUUCUUCCAUCAACAAUACUACUAGUGUGCCACAAGUUUCAUCCACUUUCCAAAAUGCAACGGUUAUUUCUCCAAUAUCAACGUACGAGACAAAUUCUUCUGUUGAAGAAGUCAGCUCGACGUCUUCGGUUUAUGGUCUGGAAGCCACUGACGAGAAUGAGGCUUACGAGGCUGAAGCUGACCCAGAGGAGGAUGUAAGCGGAUUUCCAGAUCCGUCAAGAAAGUUCUUUGGUAGCUCCGGUGGGUUUUAUGGAGGAGGCUAUAGAGGUGGAUAUUUAGGAAGUGGUUACAGAGGAAGUGGUUACGGAGGAAGUGGUUACAGAGGAAUUGGGAUCGUUCUCUCCCGGAGUGCCGCCCCUCGAGCAAGCCCUAACCUUUUCAUUAUCCUCAUAUCGCUACUUUUUAUUUAG